GUUCCAUCCGGUACCACGUUUAAAGUAGUGCCGAAGUGUCCGUUUGCCAACAUGAAAAAUGUUAUAAGACGAUAUACAAUAUGUGUGUGUGUUUUUGUGAUUGUGAAUAUCGGAUAUACCGUUCAAAAUCCCCUAAAAGAUCCACGAAUAUGUGGCCGGCCCACGUGUAACGAUAAUGAAAAGUUCAAAUACGGUCCAGGAAGCCAGCAAGAUUAUAAGUACAGGGUGGAAGCGAGAUCGCUGUUCAACGGAACAAGCAAGAAUGAAUCUACUUUGUACGUGGAGGGGAUGGUAAAGUUGGCUUUCCUAACACCUUGUGACGGGAUUCUGACCCUGUCGGAUAUUAAAUUAAGUGAAUACAUCCCCCGAGAUGACUACGAAAGUUCAGACCAUGCUAAUAGUGAACAGUUCUCUAAAGAGAUUACCGAAAAUUCUUUGAGAUUCGCCUUUAAUGAUGGGAUUAUUUCUGAAUUAUGUCCAUCUGAUGAUGAAAAGAGCUGGGUUUUAAAUUUUAAACGGGGGAUUUUAUCUAUGCUACAUAACAGCAUGAGACGAUUCGAUCUCGAUCAUUGGGUCGACGAGGACGAUAUUAGGGGAAAGUGCCCCACCAACUACACCGUUAUUGGAGCUAAAGAAACUAGCCUGGUUAUAGAAAAAAGGAAAGAUUUAAACUCCUGUCAGACACGUGGUAAAUUACAUUCAGCUGUACAAUCUGUUCCCUAUAGCUCUCAGCCGGGGAAACUUGAGUAUAAUAUACUGAAGUCAAACAGCGAAUGCUCGUUGAUAAUUGACCACAAUAUCUACAGCAGCAUCGUGUGCAGGGAAAACCACAUUCUUCGUCCGUUGUCAAACAAUCAUUCCGGCGCGACCACAACAAUCGUACAAAAUUUAACAUUAAUCAGCGAACAAGCUGAAGAUGUCGAUUACGAACUGCCUGACAUAACUAGACGAACCACUUUGCAUUAUGAUCAUUUGUUAACUGAUAAGGCGCGAUCGAAUGCGAAACUGAAAGAGUCCAGGGACUUAAUAAAGAAGCUGUGUCAACAGGAUCCGGAUGAUAUUCAAUUCCAGAUGUCUGAUCUUUUUAGUAAAUUUAUUCGUACAUCAAGAGUUCUAUCUUUUCCCGCUCUAAAAUCGCUCUAUGGACACACCAACCGUAUAUGUAAAGCAGCACGGAAAAUAUUCCUGGACGGGCUGCCGUAUAUUGGGACGUCGUCAUCGGUUCGAUUAAUGAAAGAAAUAAUUUCGAAUGGCGAAGUUCCCGAGAGCACGGUGAAUGAAUGGGUUAUAUCAAUAGCGUUCACAUCUAGGCCGGAUGAUGACACGAUGGAAGUUUCUGCUAGACUUUUAGAAGAACAAACAUUUAGUCCAAAUAUUGCACUUAGCGUGGCCUCUCUCUCCCACACCUAUUGUCGACUUUAUCCAGAUUGUCGGAAUAAUCAGGCGGUCUCGACUAUCGUCCAAUAUUUAGAGAGCAAGAUCCGCCACUUUUAUCACGACUAUCACGAUUCGAAGCGGGAUGUUAAGGAAAAUCUAAUUGUUGCCUUAAAAUCACUCUCAAACAUUGGAAUCAUGUCGGAGGACUUCGAAGACGAAAUCUUCCAAAUAAUAGAAAACCAAAACAUAAAUCCGGAAGUGCGACUAGCUGCCAUAGAGACAUUCCGAAGACUGCCAUGCGAAGACUACAGAACCUACUUUCAAACUCUGUACUCCGACAGAGAUGAGAACGUGGAGGUUCGAAUCAGUUCCUAUUUACAGUUCAUGAAGUGUCCGAAUUACUUAACAAUACGCACCCUCCGCAACAGCUUGUUAAACGAAGACGUGAAUCAAGUGGGUUCUUUCGUCUGGACGCACCUGAACAAUCUGUUGAAGAGUGCCAUUCCGUCCAGGGUUGAAAUACAAAGUAUUUUGUCCGAGAAUGACCUGAGCAAGAAAUUUGACACGGACGCCCGCAAGUUUUCUCACAACCGAGAAGGGUCUAUAUUUUUUGAAAAUUGGAGGGCUGGAGCCAGCUACGACAACGACAUCAUCUUCUCACCUGACUCUUACGUACCUAGGUCGGCCAGGUUGAACCUAACCGUCGAUGUGUUUGGCGAAUCCAUUAACUUUUUUGAGAUGAACGCCCGUGCUGAAGGCUUCGAACAAUUUGUGGAGUCGCUGUUUGGGCCGAAAGGUACGUUCCGAAACUUCACCGAUAAUAUUCCAAUUUUGUCGAGAUUUAUUCGGGACACCAACAGCGACAAAGCUUUGAUGAGCAAACUGAACACAGUUCCGAACCCGAGGAAGGACCACUCCGAAAACCCACAGGUGUCGUUGGGCUUUAAAAUAUUUGGCAAUGAAUUAAACUACACCACCCUAAACGGCCUGGGCGAAAUUAAAGAUGCGCUGGGGAAACUUAAUCCAGUCAAUUACAUUAAAGAUAUCCUCUCGGGGAAGGAAAUUUCAUUUAAUAAGGCGGUUAUGUUCCUCGACAGCAGUUAUGUAGUUGCGUCCGGUGCAGGCUUGCCAAUCGAGCUGAAUGCAAUCGGAACGGCAUCGGUGGACAUUAAAUUGCACGGAUCCAUCAGAGGGAACUUUAUGAAAAAUCCUGAACUUGACGUGACUGUUAAUGUGAAGCCCAGCGUUUCUUUGGAUAUAUCUGGCGAGAUGUCAGUUAAUGCUUUCUACGCAGCAACUGGAAUUAAGCUGAAAACAAAUGUGUAUACAGCAAGCGCUGUCGAGACAUACGUGAAAAUUAGAGGAUCACAAUUAGUCAGCAUUAAAUGUACUCUCCCUCGGCAAAACACUGAAAUAAUUGGUGCAAGGUAG